GGUAUCACUGGGACGGGAAGAUUUCCUGACGCUCCCUUGCAGUUUUGCUGGGCGUUCAGCUGCGGCCGCUGUGCCUUCUCAGCUCCGUUCUCUAUGCUGCUGCUUCACGCCGCUCCGUCACGCCUGAACCUACCUCGUUGCUGCCCCGGGUACCCGAAUCUGGGUGAAUUCCACGAGAUUCAUUCGCGGUUUUGUUCCAGUCCAAGGUCCUGCAGCGCAUCCGGCGUGAGGCGCCCACCAAAGAGGCGAGAGGUGCCACGCGGGGGCGGCGGCAGGAAGCGGAGCGAGAGUUGGGCGUCCGGACCCGCUGUGCGUACUUCCUAGUGGCCGGGGGCAGGGGGGGAUCGCCCCGGGAGGGGGACGCCCGUGGCCAGGGGGCGCUAGCCAAGUUCCGGUGGCGGCGUGCCUCCUCCGCCCCCAGGAGAGGAAAGUUUUCUCCAGAAGCUCCCUGCUGACCCGCGCCUUCGGGGGCGCCCAGCUUUCGAGCCUUCGGAGCGGGCGCCGUCCCAGGCCAGCUCCGGGGACACCCGUGCCGUGAUGCCUGGAGCUUGCGCCCGUGGCCCCGCCGCCGCCGGGGACGCUUGGCUGCGGCUCGCGCGGCUGGCGCUGGUCCUGCUGGGCUGGGUCUCCUCCUCCUCGCUCACCUCCUCGGCGACCUCGUCUGCCUCCUCGGCGCCCUUCGCGGCGGCGGCGGCGGCGGCGUCCGCUCAGCCCCCGCUGCCGGGCCAAUGCCCCCCGCCAUGCGAGUGCUCGGAAGCGGCGCGCACCGUCAAGUGCGUUAAUCGCAACCUGACCGAGGUGCCCGCGGACCUGCCCCCUUACGUGCGCACCCUCUUCCUCACCGGCAACCAGCUGGCCGUGCUCCCCGCCGGCGCGUUCUCCCGCCUCCCCCCGCUGGCCGAGCUGGCCGCGCUCAACCUCAGCGGCAGCCGCCUGGAGGAGGUGCGCGCCGGAGCCUUCGAGCAUCUGCCCAGCCUGCGCCAGCUCGACCUCAGCCACAACCCGCUGGCCUCUCUCAGCCCUUUCGCUUUCUCGGGCGUCAACGCCAGCGUCUCGCCCCCCAGCCCCCUGGUGGAACUGUUCCUGAACCACAUCGUGCCCCCUGACGACGACGAGCGGCACACCAACCGGAGCUUCGAGGGUAUGGUGGCGGCUGCCCUGCGAGCUGGCCAGGCGCUGCGCGGGCUCCGCCGCCUGGAGCUGACCAGCAACUGCCUUGUCUACCUACCCCAAGAUGUCCUGGCCCAACUGCCCAGCCUCAGGCACCUGGACCUGCGCAACAACUCGCUGGUGAGCCUGACUUACCUGUCCUUCCGCAACCUGACACACCUGGAAAGCCUCCACUUGGAAGACAAUGCCCUCAAGGCCCUUCACAAUGGCACCCUGGCAGAGUUGCAAGGCCUGCCCCAAGUCAGGGUCUUCCUGGACAACAAUCCCUGGGUCUGCGACUGCCACAUGGUGGACAUGGUGACCUGGCUCAAGGAGACGGAGAUCGUGCAGGGAAAAGCCAGGCUCACCUGUGCAUUCCCGGAAAAAAUGAGGAAUCGGGUCCUCCUGGAACUCAACAGCUCCGACCUGGACUGUGAUCCUAUCCUCCCUCCAUCCCUGCAGACUUCUUAUGUCUUCCUAGGUAUUGUUUUAGCCCUGAUAGGUGCCAUUUUCCUACUGGUUUUGUAUUUGAACCGUAAGGGGAUAAAAAAGUGGAUGCAUAACAUCAGAGAUGCCUGCAGGGAUCACAUGGAAGGUUAUCAUUACAGAUACGAAAUCAAUGCGGACCCCAGGUUAACCAACCUCAGUUCUAAUUCGGAUGUCUGAGGAACGUUCGAGGCCAGAACAAGGACGACUGUGCAUGAGAUGUAGACUUAAUUAAGCUUUAUCCUGUCCUAGGCUUGCUCCACCUCCACCCUCCACUGUAGAUACCACUGGCCUUGACUGAAAGCAGUGAAGGGGAUUUGCUCCCUUGUCAUGUAAAGUGUCUUGGUGUGGUCCAUUAAUGUAAGAUGAUGAUGAACCAUUGCAUAGUCUUUAGCCCUCUUCCCUUUCUUGGAACUCAACAUGUAUGGAGGGACUUCUCAAGUUUCGGCAUGAACAUGGACUCCUGGCUGUCUGUUUCUUUUAGUACAAAGUGUAACAAAUGUACCAAUACAGAUAGCAUUCAACAAAAGCUGCCUCAAUUUUUUCAGAAAAAAAUAUUCUAUUCAUAAGUAUCAGUUUUAUUCUCAUGUACUUAAAUUGUGAAGAAAAUGAUUGCAUUCCAUAAACUGCCUGCAGACCUUAGCAAGCUCUUCAAAGUAACUCCAUAGUAUACAGGAGCACCUGCAUCCGAGAGCAUGCUUAUAUUUUACUGUUCUGCAUAUUACAAAAAAAUAACUUGCAACUUCAGAUAACUUCUUUGAGAAAGUAAAUUACUUUUUUGAUUGCAGUUUAUAUGAAACUAUAUGCAAGUGGUUUUAUAAACUGCAUCGAGAUCCAACAGGCUAAAUUGUUAAAAAAUUCAAUAAAGAUUCUUAAAAGAAUUACAGUUGUGUUCAAGUUUGCUAUUUGAAAUAAAGGAUUAGGGACAAUGUUACUGAGUGGUCUUGGUUCCAGUGAUAAUUAAGGUAUUAUAGUUGAGAAUGAAACUGGAGCAAUAUCUUACAUAAGUAGACUUUGGAGAUAAUUUUGAGAUGGUGGAUCCUUUCAGGAUUUAAAUAGAGAAUUUGAAUAUUCAUGUGAAAAGACUUAUGGUCCCAAAAUUAAUGCUAUUUCAGAAACAAUUGUGGAGAGCAUUAUAAAGUUGGUGAGAAGGAACAGUUCUGUAUAAUAAACAGUUCACAGUUUGGGACUUUUUCCAGAGUAAGUUUUCAGGAUAGAACAAAAUUACUUAAUAAACCUCUCCAUAUGAAAUUUGGGUGUUUAGAGUAUGAAACAAAUACAAUACAAAUAAAUGUAUGAAAAUUAAAUGUUUUAAAGAUAGAAUAUUCUAAAAUCAAAGACUUUAAAAUAAAUUUAAAUUUUUUAAGAUCAUAAUGUAAAUUAUAAUUUAGAUUUUUUUUGAGAAUAUUUAAAAAUGUAUUUGGAUAAUUGUUCUGUAUUUUUUAAAAUAUAUUUUUAUUGAUUUCAGAGAGGAAGGGAGAGGGAAAGAGAAAUAGAAGCAUUAAUGAUGAGAGAGAAUCAUUGACUGGCUGCCUCCACACUGGGGAUCAAGCCCACAACCCGGACAUAUGCCCUGACCAAGAAUCAAACUGUGACCUCCUGGUUCAUAGGUUGACACUCAACCACUGAGACACGCCAGCUGGGCUGGAUAAUUUUAUCAGAGACUCUGCUAAAUAUGUUUUAAACAUUGUUAUGAUAGAAUAUGCAUUUGAGGAAAAAACCUGAGAUAAAUGUCUACAUGCACAAACAAGUGUCUCAACUAAUAAUCAUAGGUUCUUGUGUUCAAUUCAGUUUUUAAGAAUUUGGGGAUAUUUUUAUUUUAGCUAAGCUCUAUGUUGGUAUAUACAUCUUUGCAAAAAAUAAAGCACAUUUAGGUGUAAAUAAAGCAAUCAGUGAAUCAA